AUGUUGCCAAAAGUUCGUCGUUUUCUUAAUAAUACUAAUAACAAUUCCUAUACAAUAAAUAAUAAAUUAGCUUCAUCAACUGAUCGUUUAAGUAAUAAAAGUAGUAGUUCAAGUUCAGCAGAUGGAAACAAUGUGUACACAGAAACAUUGUUAUAUAUUGUACAUGUUGACGAAAUUAAAUUAACAAAUGAUCAAGAACCUGAUACUAAUGAUAAACAAAAAUCUAGUCAAGUAACAAGAAGAGUAUCAAAACGGACAACAGCCAGUUUUAAUGAACGACAACAAAAUCAAGAAAUUCAAACAUCAAAUGUGCUCACAUCAACACCACCUUCAUUUAGUUUUUCAAAUCCAUUUCGACGUUUGAAUAAUUUACUUAAAGCAACUGAUAAAUCUAUCCUAAGUCCAUCAACACCUAACCUCAAUGGUAAAACAGCAAUUGAUAAAUUUCAUACUUCUUUUUAUUUUACUUUUACAUUUACAGUGACGCCAUUAUGUUCGUCAACAGCUAAAAAGUCUUCUGCGUUUAAACGAUCUCGUUCACAAAAUCGAAAUAGUAGUGAACUGUUUCCUCCACCUCCACCUGAAUUUCUCAAUGAUAAUCAAAUAAUUAGCACAGGAAAACAACCAAAUAUUCAAGCCAGUGGUCCUGGUCUAAAAGAUGGUUUUGUUAAUGAUCAUUGUCAUUUUGAUUUAAAUGCACCUGAUACUGAAUUACAAAAACUUGUUAUUGCUAUUGAUGGUCCAUCCAAAGCUGAUAUUCAGAUUGAAGUUAUUGAUACAGGAAUCUAUCGAGUUUAUUACAAAUGUCAAUCACCUGGUAAAUAUCAUAUAUCAUUGACAUAUAAUGGUGCACAUAUUGAUGGUUCACCUUAUCAUCUAUCACUACAUGUUCAAUCAUCUCAAGAACAAGUUGUUCCACCUGCGAAUAUUCCAAUUCGUGCAAUUAUUGAGCCCAUAGAAUUUUACGUUAAUACUCCAUGUGUAGUCAAUGUUCGUCCAGAAACACCGUGUAGUGUUUUUCAAGCUUAUAUACAAGUACCACAAGGAAAUAUUAAUUUACCGAUAACAGUUCAUAAAUCAGCUAAAUCAGAAUCUUACGAAAUUUUUUUUAUACCAAAUACAUGUGGUAAUCAUUGGCUUAAUGUAAAUCUUAAUCAUAUACCCAUUAUCAAUAAUCCUUGUCGAUUAACUGUACGGUCAUGUUCCUCUAUAAAAUCAACAGUUAACAGAGAAUUAAGUCAAUUUUUUGUAUCAAAAUCACCAUAUGAUUCGUCAUCGAGUACAGGAAAUUUUUCUGUUGGUAUCAGUGGACCAUCGACUGUUUUUCUUGAUGCUAAUGAAACUGAAUAUGGUUAUGAAUUUCAUUAUAAACCAAUUCGAAGUGGAAAAUAUUUAAUAACAGUUAAAAACAAUGGAAAAAACAUUCAAGGAAGUCCAUUUAUUUGUUUUGUUUAUGAUAAGCUUAAAGAAAAUCAAACAACUAGUUGCGACAUAUUAGGACCUAUUCAAUCGAGAUUAAACUAUGCUAAUAGCCAUAUCGAUCUUGAUACUCUUCGUUCAUCAAUGACAGGUGAUGCUUCACAAAUUUGUGUGUUUGGUACUGGUCUAUACGAAGCUAAAAAACGACGAAAAGCAACAUUUAAAAUUGAUGCUAGUCAAUCAGGUCCUGGUAUACUUUUAGUUGGUCUUUAUUCUCCUCUUGGACCUUGUGAACGUCUUGUGAUCAAGCGUAUCAUGCCAAAUUCUCCUGGUUUUAUCUAUAAAGUAUCUUAUCGAGUACGAGCACGUGGCCAAUAUCUAUUAGCAAUUCUUUAUGGAGUAAAUAUGGAACAUGUGCCUGGAAGUCCUUAUCUCGUGCUUGUCGAGUAA